GAAAUGCCAAAGCAGACAAAAUGGUCUUGCGCUCAGAUUUAAAAAAAAAAAAAAAAAAAAAAAAAAAGAACUAUUAGUAGCUGAUACUAUCCUUUUAUUUUUCUAAUGUAUUUAAAAUGCAUUCUGAAACUCUGUCUCCUGUGUCAUAUAAGAAUGGAUGGGUAGCUGGAUUUGACUGGCAGUUACAGCUUGCUAACCCUGAGUUUUCUUUAUCAAAUUAAACCAUCAUAUAUCAAGUACCUCUUUGACUGGGGGCAGGUUAGACAUAUCUGUGUCUCAUAAGCUUACAGGACUGAGACAGGCAAGAGGGGACAAAGGGGACUAUAUCUGUCACUCCUUCCUGCCUUUAAGCCUGUUUUUUAUUUUCAUGGAUGUCUCUGGAAUCUGGUCCUUUGCCUCCAUCUUUCUUUGUUCUUAUCUUGAAUUCCUUGAAGUAGUUUCAUCCUCCUGUCUUAGAUAGAUGGUGAUUGCAUUCAGGGACAUCUCACUACCAUCUAUCAGGGUGAGUGGCGUAAGGGUUCCUCCAUUGUUUAUAGCCAUCUAGACCAUUGUAUUCCUGGAGAGUGUACCCCCACACUUGCUCUGCUCCUAGGCAGUCAAGCAUGGCCACAGAAAACCUAGCAACCAAAGCCAGUCAUGGUGGCACAUGCCUGUUGUCCUGCCAUUCCAUAGGCAAGGACGGAAGGAUCUUUUGAGUCCAAGAGUUUGAGAUCAACCUAAGCAGCACAGGCUAGACCUCAUCUCAAAGGACAAAGCAAAGCAAAUACCACAAAGCAAGCAGAAUGGUACCAAGACAGAUGGACAGUUUCUGAAUCUGUCUGGCUCCUCCCUCAUAACUAGAAAUCUUUCCUUGUUGUAACCUCUCACCGGUCAUCUUCAGCCGCCUAACCCACUUCAGCAUCCAUGCAUCCUAGCAUUCGGUCUCCCACCACUUUACAAAGAGGAAGGAAUUACAGAGAUGUAUUUUCUGGUCCUCCCUCUCCUGCAUUUUAAAGGAUCAGUUAUUACAUUCUUCAUUUCUGGUUCAGAGGAAAGAGACUCUUUUCCUCUCUGAGGCUGCCUCCUGUCUUAUUAGCCGUAGCUAUCUUAUGCAUCUUGAAAUGCUUUCUCCAUCCUGUGUGGCUCCUGAACUUUCACCAGGAUAUGAUGUUUUGUUGCUUUUUUUAGGGGAAAAAAAGGAAAAAAUAUCUCAUCUACUUUAUUUGUGUGUGUGUGUGUGUGUGAGAGAGAGAGAGAGAGAGAGAGAGAGAGAGAGAGAGAGAAGAAAGGGGGGUGCUUUAUUCUAUAGUCAGCACCCACCUUCAUUCCCCCUUUGGGGGGGUCUUUCAUUGGUUUGAAAGUAGCCAAAGAGGCUAGGGCAGCUGUCUGAUUCUCUGGGUCCUCCUGUCUCCCUCUCUCAUGCACCACCAUCUAUAACUUUUGUACUCUCCUAGGGACUAUGAAUUGGACUCAAAUCCUCAUGCCAUUUAACUCAAGGCGAGCUGUUUCCUCAUUGAGCUAUCCUCAGCUACUUCCCUUGAAGGUCUUCACUUUUCUUACUGCUCCCCUCUCUGUUGCCACCUAACUUUUGGAUAAAAACUGCAUUGUGUCAUUGUCUCCAGCUUCUCAGUUGCCCUUUGAACCCUAUUCCCUGCAAUGUGAAUUGCACCAAAACCCCCAUACACCCCAUACUUACCACCUACUUUUACUUAAAUAGCCGUGUUCCUCUUUCCUACAAGAUGCUAUGAUAGAGCUCACAGAUGGCUCAUAAGCCUAGCACACUCUAAAAGACAUGAAGAUACACCAGGCAGCUUCAUUUCUGAUAAAUAUCAGCAGAGGGGAUCCUUUAUCAGGAAUAGUUAAUUUUCUUAGUGAGGCUCUGGUCUUUCACCCAAUACAGAACUCUAGGAAGAAAAUUUAGACCCAUGAUGGGGACUAACCCUUUCCUGGCUAGGCCUGAAUAUCCUGAGACAAAGGCACCAUCUUGUUGAGAGCAUAUUUCCCCCUUUCUCCAUUCAUCUGGCAUUCGGAUCUCAUCUGUUGUCAUCUGUAUGGGGAGAAGAGACCUCUCAGCACUGACAGCCAAAGACAAGGGGCCAAGGAAGCGUAGGAAUGACAUAGGUCCGCCCCAGGGUCUAGAGGAAAAAGAGUUGGGCAGUUAGCCCCAAAGCCACUGAGGAAAGUGAAAGAGUGAAAACUCUUUGGAAAGUUGUAACUUGACCCUGUGUUGAAGGAGGAGAGAGAGGAAAGACUUCUUUCGGACCUCUUUGCCCAUACCAAAGCUGAUGAUUUGGGGGAAAGAAAGGGCAGCUGGAGUAAGAUAAUAGACUAGGAAGCUCCUUUAUGUCUUUCUGUCCAUACGGGAGACAAGUAAUGCUCAGAAGCAUCAUGAUAGGCACCCCUGUCCCUCAGCUUCAUGCUGUGAAGGAGAAUUGUCAACUCCCAUAGGAGUUAAUGGGGUUUAAUCUUCAGGAUACCCAGAAUAACUCAUUACCCUAGAAAAUUUUUGUUUCUGCUCAUUUUAUUAUAUUUUAGUGGCAUCCAAGCCACAAACGCAGGUAUAAUACCAGAUCCUUCUCUUUCUUUAUCUUGACUAGGCUGUUCAUCUUUGAUCAGAACCCCAUUGACUCUGCUUAAUCAUUGUAGGGCCCUGUACCCCUCUCCCUUGCCAGAACCUCUUUAUUCCACCUGGACUUUUGCACCUCACUUGGACUCCAGUCUCCACCGACCCCACCUACCAGCCCAUUCUCACCUUGUACUCAAGGCCUUCAAACAUUCCUUAUGUCUUCAUUUCAUCAAUACAAUGCAUGUCCGUUAUGAAAACUUGGAAAGUAGAGGGCAGACGUUAAAUAAAAUCUAAUCAUACUUGUGCUUUUCAUACAUUUCUUUGGACUUUAUUUUCUGUUAUAUCUGGGCUCAUGGGCUCCCCCUUUUAGUUCACACAAAGAUUCUGUUCUAAGUAGUUGGCAUAUGCUUUCCCUACCUGUUGUAGCCUUGGAAUUGUUUUAAGUGUUUUAGACCUUAGUUUUUUAAUGCCUGCUUUUGUUUGUCUGUUUGCUUGCUUGCUUUAAUAGGUCUAUAAGUUAAGUUAGCCUCAAACUCAGGUUUCUGCUACAGGUUCCCAAGUACAGUAAUUACAGAGAAAAACCAUGCAUCCUCCAACUAGUUGCUAAUAUUUUUAUAGCUGUUAUAAUUUAUUUAACAGUUUCCAGCUUGAGUUAUUAUAUUUUUUGAAUAUUAUUGUUUGAGUUAUUAUAUUGUUUUAUAAGAAUAAGGUUUUCCACCUUAAUUAUUUAAAGAAUUUCCUGGAUGAGGAAUUAUGAGGGAUGAAGACAGUGGAUUUCUAAGGCUCCUGAGUUUUAUGUGUCAUCAACUAAACUCACCACCAGCCUGAGGAACUUCCUACUGGGACCUGCCAGCGAAAAGGAUUGUCAAUAUUACGCCUUUUUCCUUCUCCUAAAAAUGCCUGCUAAAUUAAAAAGUGGGUAGUGUUAGCCUGUAAUUUAAUUUUCAUCUCCUUGAUUAUUGCUGAGCCCAAAAUGAGCAUGCUCACACACGAGUCAGCCCCCUCUGCGUUUCUUGCUGCUUCUCAUUUUUCUACAACCCAUUUUCCUAGAGCAGUGGCCCUCAGCCCUCCUAGUGCUGCAAUCCUCACCAUGUGGUGACUCCCACCCAUUGCUAAUUCAUAACUGUAAUCUUGCUAUUGUUAUGUUAUUAACAAUGUAUUGCUAAUCUUGUUAUAGAAUUGAUAUGUGGGAUAUCUGAUACACAACUCCCAAAGGAGUUGCAGCCCACAGGCUGAGAUCCACAGCCCUAAAGAGACAUUAGCAGUUCUCUACUCCACUGACUUCUUGUGAUAAGAGAAACCUUUUUCUGUGUGUUUGACAGGUAUUUACUCGUUUAGUUUGUCUUUUGAUGUUGGUGGCUUUUGUGUUUGUUUUGUUUUUUUCUGUUUUUUUAAAUCUAUAGGUAGUCCUAUAGUCCAUAGUUGAUUGAUAUAUAUAUAUAUAUAUGAUAGGUUUUAUUUUUAGUAAUAAUGUUUCCCAUUACUAUUGAGUGAUUUUUGAGAUUUCCUUCAUUUUAAAAGGUCUUGUGUAUGUUGUCAAUUUAACUUACCAUUUAAAUACGUAAGUGUACUCAUACACUCCCAGGCUUAAAGCUAUGAGCACCAUGUAACCCAAUCCUCCCGCUCACAUAGCAUUGUCUCAUAUGUGUGUAAGUGUGUGUACAUGAGAGGUGCUGUAUGAUCUAUGCUCACAAGCAUGUGCUAGUGGUAUACAUGCUCCUGGGCAUGCGUGAGAAGGUCAUAGGAAAGUGUUUGGUGUCACAGUCCAUCACUUUCUACCAUAUUUCUUUGAAACAGCUUCCCUUACUGAACACUGAGCAAGGCUGGCAUCUUGAAAGUCCCAGCCAUCCUCCUGUUCCCAUGUUCCACAGUGCUGGAAUUACAAGCCUGCCAGGGGCUGUGCCUGGCCUUUUACAAGUGCUGGCAUCUGAACUCAGCUCUUCAUGUUCUCAUAGAAGUACCUUUUUUACAAUGAGCCAUAGCUCAAGCCCUCUGAAUUUUUAAAAAGUCCAAUCCUAGACCUUUACAUCAGGAUACUUUGGUUUAGUAAGGUCAUAGGAAGGAUGUUUGAAUGUAUAUUUUUCAAAGCUCCAAGAUGACUAAGCCACUACCUAAAGACUAUACAUGGACUGAUCCUGGACUCUGACCUCAUAGGUAGCAAUGAAUAUCCUAGUAAGAGCACCAGUGGAAGGGGAAGCCCUGGGUCCUGCUAAGACUGAACCCCCAGUGAACUAAUCUAUGGGGGGGGCGGCAAUGGGGGGAGGGUUGGGAGGGGAACACCCAUAAGGAAGGGGAGGGGGGAGGGGGAUGUUUGCCCGGAAACCGGGAAAGGGAAUAACACUCGAAAUGUAUAUAAGAAAUACUCAAGUUAAUAAAAAAAAAAAAAAAAAAAAAAAGCUCCAAGAUGAAUCUGAAAAACAGCUAGGUUUUAGAACUACUCCUCUGUGAGACAAGACCCAUUCAAGACACUGAAGAAAGUUCUUUACUCUUUCAGAUCUUACCCACCUUUCUCAUCUCUUCUCUAGGGCUCUUUGUUCUUCAGCCAUUGGGAACCAUUUCUGUCCCCUUUCUGCAACUCUGCACCUGGCAUAUCUCCCCCUCCCCCACCCACAGAUGGACCCACCCAUUCCCUUGUGAAUAAGCCCUCUCGAGUCACAGCAGCUGUCCCAACACUUCUCUGAGCACAUCCAGCUCCUUUAUUGCCUGUCAUGGCGUUUGUUUGACUAUAAUUUCAUUUCCUAUCACUCAUCCAUAAGAAACUGUGGGCUGUGUCCCUGUGCCUGGCAACACACCUGGCAUGCCCCAGAAUACAGGAAGUGCUUAAAAAUGUUGGCACUCUCCAGCAUCCAGGAAGCACUUAAUUAACGUGUUCUAUCAUGAAAUGCCAGGCACUGAAAAUGGUGCUUCUCCCAGGAACAGAAUCCAAGCGAUUUUUGCCCUGGGUUGUUAGGUGUGUGCAUGGGGGGUCAGUCCUGGCUGAUGUGUUGUGUCCACUCAUCUGUCAGAGUAUAACUUAAAACCUACCCCGGGACCCUGAGCCUUCAGCAGCCCUGGGACUCGUGCCUGAAGACAAGUGUGGAAGAGUAACAGAAAGAUAGGUGAAAAUUGAUCUCUUGCAGAUCUGUAUUUCUUUCCAAACCUGUGUCAUCUGAUCAGAGGAUCAAAGAGAACCCAGUAGAGGACUUUUAUCAGUCACUACAUGUAUCCCAUAAUGCGAAACAAUAAACUAUACUUUGCCACCUGUUUUGUCAGACUACACGUGAGAUGGCGUUGUUCAGUGCCUCCCGUAAAUCAGAAGUGCUCCCACUCUUUCAAGUUACUUAUGCCAACAAAGUCUUAAAGUAGCGUAGAAACUGUUGUUGCCGUAGUGAGCCUGCCCACCGCCCCUGCCGAAGGCUCCUUCUGUUUGUUUGUAAGAUUCAAAGAUGCAGGAACCCACCCUCGCCCGGUUUAAAAAUGGAGGUUGAACCUUAAAGAAGAAGGUAAAAGAAAACCCUGAAGAGACAAGGAGAAGACAGCUCAGUUACCUACCUAGAGGGCAUAAGAGGAAGAGUUCAGGAGAAGUGGGGGAGGGGGUGGGAACCACAACACUGGGACAAUGGGGUUUUAUUGUACUGCUAGGUUUCAAAGGUGAAAGUGUCAUUUUACAAACUCCCGCUCUGCCUGACAGGAAGUGUGCCUGCUCUAAAUCCUAAUUUGGGUGUGUUCCUGUAGAAAUGUUGAACCCCUCCUGAGGGAAACAGAAACUCAAUCGUGCAGGAAGCUAGAUACCGAAAGAAAGAAAAAAAACCACACCAGUGUAGGUCAGCCUGUCAGCCAGUGGCUGGUGUGCAGGCAGCGGGAGAGAGACCGGUUCUUCUCUGUGGCCACAGUGUUCUCUCCCAGCACCAUGCGAGGCAGAAGACUGCCCCUGGACAUUCAGAUUUUCUAUUGUGCCAGGCCUGACCAAGAGCCUUUCGUGAAGAUCAUCACAGUUGAGGAGGCAAAACGCAGGAAGAGCACUUGCAGCUACUAUGAGGAGGAAGAGGAGGAGGAGGAGGGACUGCCCAUCCUGCAGUCCCACAGUGCGCUCCUGGAAAACAUGCACAUCGAACAGCUGGCCCGACGCCUUCCAGCCAGGGUACAAGGCUAUCCCUGGAGACUGGCCUACAGCACAUUAGAGCAUGGAACAAGCUUAAAGACUCUCUACAGGAAGUCAGCAUCUCUAGACAGUCCUGUUCUUUUGGUCAUCAAAGACAUGGAUAACCAGAUAUUUGGGGCGUAUGCAACUCAUCCCUUCAGGUUCAGUGACCACUAUUACGGCACGGGCGAAACGUUUCUCUACACCUUCAGUCCUAAUUUCAAGGUCUUUAAGUGGAGCGGAGAAAACUCCUAUUUUAUCAAUGGAGACAUAAGUUCUUUAGAACUCGGUGGUGGAGGGGGACGGUUUGGUCUGUGGCUAGAUGCUGAUUUGUAUCAUGGACGCAGCAAUUCUUGCAGUACUUUUAAUAAUGAUAUCCUUUCGAAAAAAGAAGACUUCAUAGUUCAGGACCUAGAGGUAUGGACAUUUGAGUGAAAUCCAGGCUGCCUUAAAACAUAACAUGGAAAAGACUGGGCUAGAAUAGCCGCUUACUGGAAGGCAGGCCCCGGCCCUGGCUGCCUCAUCCCACAGCAGCGCUUUCUUUCUAUGGUCGUCUCAGAGCAUCAUCACCGCGCAGACAGAUCCUGGAAGGUUGCCUGUGGAGGACAGACACCGAAGACAGAAAUCUGAAGUCCAGAUUGUUUAAAACAAAAAGACUUUGUACCUCCACUGCUUUCAAAUUCACACCAUGAGGAAUCGGAGUGUUCAUAGAUGUAUGAGUCGGAUGCGAUUUUUAUUUUUGGUAACUGUGAAAAAAUAAGAUACUGUGGAAGUAUAUACCUGCUUUAUGUAUUUAUCAGCAUAAUUUUACCAAAUGUAUACCUAUUGUUUGCCAUAGAAAGCUGAAUCUGAUUUAGAGAAAUUGAAAGAAUAUAGCACUUAAAGGGAAUAUCUAAUUUUUUAAGAACUUUUAUUUAUUAUUUUUAGUAUAUUAUCUGAAAUAUGUUGAUUUUUUUUCUUUUAAUGUGUCAAAUCCUGAAAUAAAUGUAUGUUUUGUGCUAUGUUUGGGAAACAAGUCUCUUUUGAUUUGUACAGUUUUAUAUUCAUUUUUUUUGCCCUGAUUAUUUAGGGUAAUAUAGUCUUUAUUUAUUAAGAGAGAGUGUAUGUGUGUUUUCAAAAGUUCAUUACUGAUGUUUUUUGACCUGACUUUAUAGAGCGGCUUUUUAUUUAGUUUGUAAGGUACUCCUUGAGUACCCUAAGCAUUUGUGGGAAACAGAACAUGGCAUCUCUCACAGUUGUAAGUUGGUGUUUAUCGAAAUACAGAUCUUCACGAACAUGAAUGUACAAGUCGUCCUUCUACCAAGAGAAUGUUUGCUUCUUUUGAAAUCGUGUGAAUCAUGUAUUAAUAAUAGUAACUUGGUCUCUUAUUUUACCUCUUUUCUUUUUUUUUUUUUUAUUUUACAUUGUUUCUUCUCCAGGUGUUUACAUGAAUGGUAGUCCUCUGUUAAAAGGGAGUGUUUAAUUUGUGCGUCUUUAAAGUCAGAUAAAAGAUGUCAAGUUGGACCAACUUUCUUGGUUUCUGGAAUCAAUAAGAUCCAGAUAAUAAUGAUCCAAUCCAAUAAGGAGGGAAAAAAAAACAAUUCAAAGAGUUAUAUUCAUAUCACAAUUGAAAGAAAAAAGGAAAUCUAUUUUGUAAAAUAUAAACUCACUUUCGCAUCAUAGGGCACCUUUUAUUUUAAAUAGUGAGAAGUAAAGUCAUGAAUGCCAUUGAUCGGCUCCCGUGUAUGAAGGCCAAAGACUGCUGAUGGAAAGACUUAAAUAACAGCCAAAGCCGAAAAGUUGUCUGUCGCCAAUUAUGCCCCCGUGAUCUUUCUGAAUGGGAAAUGAGCAAACCGUGUUUACACAUCUGUUUAUGUUCGGAAUAUUGUCGAGUCUUUAGACUCUUUGUAAGAAAACACUGUCCUGUGCCCUGCCUCAAGCCAGUUGUGUCAUUCACUGCCACUCCAUACUAGCUUAAGGGAAUGCUGUAAAAUUUUAAAUCUGUAGACCACAUACACCUUUUACCCAAGUUCUCCCAUUGAGGACUCUUGCUUAAAAACAUGCAAUUUGACUUUGGUCUGCUCACACACAUGAUUGGCGAGAUCCCAGGAAUGUCACGUGGUGAUUUUGUUCACCGUUUAGACCGUCUGUAACCAUACGCUGUUGAUGAACAAGAUGGUCAUUUUGCCCUGUAGAUUACUCUUACCUAGUUUAGUCCGUGAUGCUGUACUCGUGAGAGCAUUUCCAGAUGCUGUGUUCUCUAUUUAAAACAGUAUUGUCUGAACAGGAAUGUGUGGCCCUUCAUUAUGGAUACCAACUACAUGUAAUGCAGUGCUACUCCAAUAUUUUCAAUAAAGGAAUUUAUGCAUUCA